AGAUCUUUAAUUUUUUUUGGAAAAAAAGGUUUCUAAUUCUUUAACAAGAGAGAUCAGCGAAUCAGAGCAUGAGAGAAUAUUUUUCCACCAUGAAUCUUGGUGGAUGAUUAGAAUCCUUCCACAUUUAAUUCGAGUUUCGAAAAUGAAAAAAAAAUUACUGGAAAAAAUAAACUCAACAAUAUACGAAUUCAAAUUCAAUCGAGCCCCAAUACAAAUAGCAGACGAGAAAACCUCCCAAAAUUUCGCCGCGUCCCCAUCCCAUUAGUCAACCCCCAACCAAUUAGACAAAUCAUCGGAACAGGAUACAGGAAAAUGGUAAACAAGUUAUACUAAAACAGCCGGCUUAAACAGCUAAUGAUUUAGUGGACUUUGUCAAUCCCACCACCCCAUUUGUUUUGUAUCCUCUGGCCUAUCUAUGUACAUGUCAUACAACAACAAAAUCAUAGUGAUGUCCGAAUAAUUUAUCAAAAUACGUACACAAAACUUGAGUUCGAUCAACACCACCACCAACACCUUCUUUUUCCCAAAUUGGAAAAAACACAAGACCAAAUUCAGUUUGAUUGACGUUUGUCUGUUCAUAUCAGAAGAAAAAUCACCUCCAAAUGAUGGCUUGUUCAACAAGAAACCAUCGAUACAUGGUGACCAACAACAUUCUCCUAACGAUCACAUUAACUUGUUUGAUAACAUUGUGUUACGGUCAAGAGCCUGACUCAACUCUCCUCCUUAAAUUCAAGUCAUCCCUCAAAAACGCCACUUCAUCACUUAGCAACUGGGAUCCAUCUGUGCAGCUUUGCAACGUCAACAUUUCAAAUUGGAAUGGAGUACUCUGCUCCAAUGGAAAAUUGAUCGGUCUUCGCCUCGAAUCCAUGCGAUUAUCGGGGUAUCUCGACAUGGACACGCUCUCUGAGUUGACUUCUUUACGUACAAUAAGUGUUAUGAAUAAUAAUUUUGAAGGUCCAUUUCCAGACGUGAAGAAAAUAGGAGGUCGAUUACGAGGUGUAUUUUUGUCGAAUAAUCGAUUUUCUGGUGAGGUGCCAGAUGAUGCUUUUGCUGGAAUGAAGUCAAUAAGGAGAAUUUUAAUGGCGAAUAAUGAGUUUAGAGGGAAGAUUCCCACGUCGUUAUUGGGAAUUCCAAAGCUUGUUGAGUUGCAGCUACAAGAUAAUCAGUUUGAUGGUAAUAUACCUGCAUUUGGUCAGCAGGAUUUCCAAUUAAAUGUUGCAAAUAAUAGACUUGAAGGUCCUAUACCAUCUCAAUUAAGCACCCAAAGUGCAAGCUCCUUUUCAGGAAAUUUGGACCUAUGUGGUAAGCCAAUGCCACCAUGUCCGCCACCAAAGAAGAAGAAGAAAGGAAUCCCAGUACUGACCAUAAUCCUAGCAGCCAUUGGAGGAUUAGUCAUAUUAGCCAUUAUCUUUUUUGCACUCUUCCUUUUCCACAAGCAAAGGAAAAAAACGACACAAUAUGAAAAAUCAUCAGUUCAAAAUCUCAACAAAAAACCCUCAGAAAAUAAUAAUUUCCCAAAUAAACCUGAGAAAGCAGACAAGUACACAAGAAGUGACAAGGGUAAAUUGUAUUUUGUGAGAAGGGACAGAGAAAAUUUUGAUUUGGAAGAUCUUCUUAGAGCACCAGCUGAGGUUUUGGGAAGUGGAAGCUUUGGUUCUUCUUAUAAAGCUGACCUUCCUAUUGGAAAACCUAUUGUUGUGAGGAGAUUUAGACAAAUGAAUAAUGUGGGGAAAGAAGAUUUUCAUGAACAUAUGAGGAGACUUGGAAAGUUGUCACAUCCUAAUGUCCUUCCUCUUGUGGCUUUCUAUUAUAGAAAGGAAGAAAAGCUUUUGGUCACUGAUUUUGUUGAUAAUGGCAGCUUGGCAAGUCAUUUACAUGGCAAAAGAAGUCCUAACCCACCAUGUCUUGGCUGGCCAACUCGUUUGAAGAUCAUAAAAGGAGUAGCAAGGGGUUUGGCUUACCUCUACAGGGAGCUACCAACACUAACACUCCCACAUGGGCAUCUUAAAUCGUCGAAUGUUCUUCUAGACCACAACUUUGAGCCACUAGUAGCAGACUACGCCCUUGUCCCAGUGAUAAACAAGGACCAUGCCAAACAGUUCAUGGUAGCCUAUAAAUCACCUGAGUACAUGCAAAAUGAACGUCUGACAAGGAAAACUGAUGUCUGGAGCCUCGGCAUCCUCAUCCUCGAGCUACUAACCGGCAGGUUUCCAGCCAAUUAUCUGAAGCAAGGGAAAGGUGCAAAUGCAGACUUGGCAGUGUGGGUGAACUCAGUGGUGAGAGAAGAGUGGACAGGUGAGGUAUUUGACAAGGACAUGAACACAAACAAACAUAAUUGUGAAGGUGAAAUGCUUAAGCUCCUGAAAAUUGGCAUGUGUUGUUGUGAAAUGGAUGUUGGAAGGAGAUGGGAUUUGAUGGAAGCUUUAGACAAAAUUGAAGAAUUGAAAGAUAGUGAUGGUGAAGAUUAUUCUUCUAAUUAUUAUCCAAGUGAAGGAGAAAUGUACUCUUCUAAAGCCAUCACUGAUGAUGAUUUCUCCUUUUCUAGGAAUGUUUAAUAAGUUAUACAUAUAAGCGAAACACUACUAAAAAAAUGUGAAUUUAUGACGGUUGUUAUGAAGGAAACGUUCGUUGGUCGUUGGCAUUUUUUUAGUAGUGAAAUGGCUUUGAGGAUUAAAUUACACAUAUAUAUACUUAUAAUUUGAGGGGUUGUGAAAAUGUAAAGUUUUUGUGUAAAACGAAAUCUUUGUCUUUUUUUAUAUAAGGAUAGAUAAAUGUGAAAGUUAGAAAAAUUAAAGGAAGCUUACAUCUCAUGUUCAU